GAUUCUCUCUGUGCUCCUGAAUUCAGCUGCUUCAGGAAUCGUCAAAGCAAGAAACAAGGAUUCAUGUGUUGAUCGCUGUGGGGAUCAUGUGGACCACAAUUAUAACUGUCAAUGUAAUAGUGCAUGUGUGAGGAAGUGAAGCUGGUUUUACAGAUGAGGAAAUACUCAGUUUUUGAUCAGCUUUAUUCUCUAGACACCAACAAAGCAACGGAGAAUGAAAUACAUCUUAAUCCUCAAUACUGUGUUUCUAACUCGCAAACUGGGGCUAAAAUUGAUCAUGCCCAAGAGCGGCUUUUUGCUUAUGUGAAUGAAGAGGUUCUGUUCUCAAGGCCAACAUUUGCUAAGUUCAUCGCACUCUUAAACAACUACAACCGAAUGACUGGCAUCGCAGAGAAGUUCACAGUGGAACAGCUUGCAGAACAAGACAUGUUCAUCACAGAGAUUAUGAAGAGCUCCAUCAUGGACAAGCUGUACCAGAUCUUCUUGUCAAAGAAGAUGUACAAUUCCAUCAAAGAAUUUGAGGAGGACCUGAAGAUGAUGUGGUUUGGUCUCUACUCUAGAGCCAACAAUGUUCUUGAUUCCAGUGGCUUCGAACAUGUGUUUUCAGGUGAAGUGAAGAGAGGAAAGGUGUCUGGGUUCCACAGUUGGAUCCGCUUCUACUUUGCUGAAAAGAGUGGUGAACUGAACUAUUACAGUUACAACUAUGACGGGCCAUGGAUUGACUAUCCAGAUGUGAUGGCGAUGCAGUUUAACUGGAAUGGAUACUUCAAAGAAGUGGGCUCAGAAUUCAUUGGCUCCAGUCCAGAGUUUGAUUUUGCCAUUUAUACUCUUUGCUUCAUUGCAAGGCCGAAUUCUCCGUGUACAGUGAAGCUCGGCAAGAACACCAUGAAAAUUCAGACAUACACCUGGACCAAGUCCACAUAUGGAAAUGGGAAGAAAUACGUAGCAUCAGCUUUCCCUCUGACUCCGUAACAGGAGCAGAAUUCU